GUUUUAUUUUUUCCUGGAUAUUAUUUACAUUUUGAGGUGACAGAAGAAUCUCAGGAACAGAACUUAUCGUGUGGUUCUUGUUUUUCUCUCCACAAUGGCUGCUUUGACCUGUACUUCUUGUCCGCCGAUUCAUCUCCGGUCAGAGAUGAGGAUCGCAUCCUCUAAGAAGGUUUCACUCUCUACUCGACAUAUGUUCUCUGUGUUACCGGAAUCGGGAGGGCUGAGGACUCGCGUCUCAUUAUCAUCGGUCUCUUCGAAGAAUUCUAAAUUACGACAACGAGGAGGGGUCAUCAUCUGUGAAGCUCAGGAAGCUACUACAGGGAUUCCAUUGGUGAACGAUUCAACAUGGGAGUCUCUUGUACUCAAGGCUGAUGAGCCUGUUGUUGUGGACUUUUGGGCACCAUGGUGUGGACCCUGCAAAAUGAUCGACCCUAUUGUCAGUGAACUAGCACAGCAGUACACAGGGAAGAUGAAGUUCUUCAAACUAAACACGGACGAGUCUCCUGCAACCCCGGGAAAGUACGGUGUUAGAAGCAUCCCAACCAUCAUGAUCUUCGUUAAGGGCGAGAAGAAGGAUACGAUCAUCGGCGCAGUGUCUAAAACCACAUUAGCAACAAGCUUUGAUAAAUUCUUGCAGUGAAGCAUGUGAUGUGGAUCUCUCUCUCUUUUAUUUCUCUAUAUGUAUUUGGACUUAACGUAUACUCUUCACUGUUCAUCAUCUAGACAUGUAUAAUGAUGAUAAUAACUAUAAUGUUGUUUUCUCAGAAA